UUCUUUGUUAAACCUAUCAAAUAUUUUCCUUUUUAAUUUCCAUAGUCUUUAUAACAAAUAAUACUUCUGUCUAUCCGCUACAAACUACAUUUUCUGAAAAUACAUUCAAAAUGGAGGAGGACAAAACGAGGGAGGAGAUAUUAGAGUCCAUGGACCUGGUUUUUGUGGACGCAAUUUUGCCAAGGUGCCGCAAAGGACUCGACACCACCAAUAGGGCCCACUAUAAGGACCACACAGAAGAGAUGAAACGAACCAAGUCCGCGUGGCGCCCACAAACAGAUCCAUCCCUCAUAUCCGGUCAUUUCACUCACAAUCUAAAGGUUAGUGGCCAGCAGAUGAUAACGAGGACAUGGCCCCGUUCCAUGGAUUGGCGUGAGGAGUAUAAUCACUUCGUAAAGCGCAACAAGUGGUGCAACCCUGAAAUCUACAAGUUAUUUUUUGUAUGUCCUCCUAUCCGCUACCAAGACAUAGUGAAUUACCUUAAGGACUUGCUGAAAACCACUUAUAUGUCCGAUUACUCCCCGAAGGAGUACAUUUCACUCUUCAAACAACACCGUGUUGUUUUGAGUCCAGAUGAUAGCAAAGAUGGCAUCGACUAUCAGACAACCUAUGGUAACUAUCACAAUCGGAUUCAGGAGGAGAACCCUUUCAAAGAUUCCCUCUACGAAGAACCAGAUGCCAUUGCAAAGAAAAUGUCCGUCCCAGAAUUCGAAAAGGCAAUGCGCAAGCUCUUUACCAAAUACAAUCUGACUACUUAUUAUGAAGAAAUAUGCCUUCCGGCGCUCAUCAAGGCCAAGAAUGGAAUAAUGCCGUCAGGACCCAUCGAUCGCUAUACUCUUCGAAAGCACUAAACUUUCCAUAAAUUUGUUGACUAUUUUGUCACUUUGCAAACGGUCUGCUGAUAAAUUUUUGAAUAAUUUUGCAAGUGCUGCCAAUGUUAAAAGAAAAUAAAGAAUAAUAUAAAAAAAGA